AUGUCCCUGGCGGACCUCGAGCCUCGACAAAUUAACGAGAUAAUCGCGAUGGCCCGCUGGCUAAAGAAGACCUCCAAACGCGUUCUCCCUCCUACCAAGUUACCUACGCGAGAAAUGGUCUGGCAGAUGUCGUUCGAUACACCAAACGCGGCAAAUCACGGUCCACCACCUCAAUCAUUGCGUAAUAUGAGCAUCGCAUUGUUAUUUUCUAAACGCAGCACUCGCACACGCGUUUCAGCGGAGACUGCUGCACGGUUACUUGGUGGGCAGGCAAUUUUUCUGGGCAAGGACGAUAUUCAGUUGGGUGUCAACGAGAACGCACGGGAUACCGCAAGAGUGUUGAGCGGGAUGUGCCAAGGUAUUUUUGCACGCGUCGGCGAGCACAGUGAGAUCGAGGAACUCGCGAAAUAUGCCGAGGUACCAGUAAUCAAUGCUCUUUCGGCUUAUUGGCAUCCGACACAAGUUCUUGCAGACCUUCAGACCCUUUACGGGGAAAAGUCGCUCCAAGAAGAACCAAUCCGUGCUUCUAAAUUAGCUCCUCCUCCACCCGCACCUGAGGACCCAGGACAAAGCCCAACAACAAUGACCCCAACUCAGCCAUUGAUGGGUAAUGCCAAGUCCAAUGCUAUUGAUACUGCCGCUGCUCAGUAUCACAUCCCGCGGAACCACGGGAGAAUUCGUAAUUUAACAGUCGCUUAUGUCGGCGAUAGCGCAAAUGUAUUGCACGACAUGCUUGUCACCUAUCCGCGACUCGGGCAUAAACUCCAAGUCGCGUCUCCCCCGAACCCUCGAUAUCGUGCACCACCACCGGUCUGGGACAAAGUAGUUGAACUGGGGUGCGAUAAGUCGAUUACUUGGACGGAAGACCCACGUGAAGCUGUUCAGGGCGCAGACGUCGUUGUCACAGAUACGUGGAUCAGUAUGGGUCAGGAAGCAGAAUAUGAGCAGCGGGUCAAGGACUUCCAGGGCUACCAAGUUACAGAAAAACUUUGCGAAGGAGCAAAACGUGAUUGGAAGUUCUUGCAUUGUCUGCCACGAAAAAGCCACGAAGUUGACGAUGAAGUGUUCUACAGCCCACGCUCACUCGUCUUCCGCGAGGCAGAUAACCGCACGUGGACAAUAAUGGCUCUUUUCCACAUGAUGUUUGGCGGUGGAAACUACGAAUCACUCCCACCAAGUAGACGCCAAUUGUACACCUCAGACCAACAGCGGCGUCCUUCUAAAUUCAGUUCAGCCAACAAGAGCAAGGGGAAAAAUCAAAGUUCGCGCCCCAGAAAUCAAAGUAAGCAAGAACAGCCGCCGAAGACGGAUGGAGAGGUAGAGAAAUCAGAUGGAUCAUCUACGCAUUCGAUGAAGGAUGCUGCUGAUGGCUCUAUGAUCUGA